GCCAUGUAUUCCAUUCAAUUUUAGCUAAAGACAGUUAUGCUUGCCUUGUGAAAUGUUUUGAUGCACAAUAAUAUUCUUGUCGUGGAUUCACAUUUUAGCAUAUUAUGAGUCUUAAGAAAUUAAUUUUCUCAAGGUCGUGAAGUCAUUUUCUGAACGCUAGUCUGAGGAAUCAACCAUAUCACUAUUGGCAUGCUAAUCUUAUGUAAUGUUAUAUGAUAUUGCAUAACCUUUUUUCUUGGUCUGACAAUCUGAUGGAAUAAUUACCCCAUCUUUCCCGUCCAAGAAAAAAGGUGCAUGACCAACAUGUAGAAGCAAAUGAUAUUCACAUGGACAAUGAAUAGCAGGUUUCAUGGUGAGUGCCACGUGCCCAAGGAAGGUCGAACUUUAAUCAAUAAUUAUUUGCUCGAGUGAGUUUCAUUUUCUUGCAGAAGCUGGCAAUCAGAUUAAAAAAACAGUGACAGAUAUACGUAACUUGGAUAGCUGAGAAUUAGAAAGAAGGCAUGCAGGGGAGAUGCAUAGAAUUAGAAACAACAAUAGAAGAAACCAGAACCUACUAGAUUUUUGUAAACAAUGAGCAACAACCAUUUGAAAACUUAGUCUGAAGCAAGGUAUGCAAUAUUGCACAGUAUAAUUCAGUAUGAAUGGUAUUUACUAGUCUAAUAGCCCACAGCUAUGUGGACCAGGAUAAACUGGAUGGUAAACCCAGCACUGGGCAUGUACCACCAGAUACAACCAAUACAGGGCCUGUACCUGGCAGUUUAUAUUUGUUUUUUGUAGGUGUUUUUCAUGCUUUUUUCGAAACUCGAUACAUAUGGCAGACAGACACUCGGUACCAGUCCACCAGAUGCUGGACUGGUACAGCACAGCACUAGUUCGAGUCUUGUCUGGUGCACCACUGGUAUACAAAAUUGUGAACCUUGGUCUGAAGAAAAAAAGGUGGGCAACUACUACAACUUCAUAUGGACCACACAAACAGAUGUAUUUAUGUGCACAGUUGAAUUCCUGAGAUGACACCUGCAGUAAGGAAAAUGUCAGUGCAUUAAGGAUUAUCAGGGGCAGUUUGAUUGAUAACAUGAACAACCUCAAAUCUUGGAGCAAAGGAGAUCCAUGUACAUCAAACUGGACAGGAAUAUUUUGUUAUCCUGCACCAAAAGAUGGGUACCUGCAUAUACGAGAAAUGCAACUGCUGAAGUUAAAUCUAUCGGGAACUCUGGCGCCUGAGCUUGGGCUUCUGUCUCAUUUGGAAAUAUUGGAUUUUAUGUGGAACGGCAUACAUGGAACCAUCCCAAAGGAGAUAGGCAACAUCACAUCCUUAAAACUUCUGCUUUUAAAUGGCAAUCUUAUUUCUGGUCCUUUACCUGAUGAGAUUGGUAACCUUUAUAAUCUGAAUAGGCUGCAAAUAGACCAGAACCAAAUUUCUGGGCCAAUACCUAAAUCAUUCGCUAAUUUGAGAAAAAUAAAGCAUCUGCACAUGAACAACAACUCGUUGAGUGGGAAAAUUCCACCAGAGUUGUCUAGACUGCCAAUCUUAUAUCAUUUCCUAGUGGAUAACAAUAACUUUUCUGGAUAUCUUCCACCAGAACUUGCAUCCCUGCCAUCUCUGAAAAUCCUUCAGCUUGAUAAUAACAAUUUCAGUGGCAGUUCCAUUCCAGCUUCUUUCAGCAACAUGACAAUGCUUGUAAAAUUGAGUCUCAGAAACUGCAGCUUGCAAGGAGCUAUUCCAGAUUUGAGUCAGAUACCUCGACUGGGCUAUUUGGAUCUCAGUUGGAACCAGUUGAAGGGGCCAUUACCAUCUAAACUUUCGAUUGAUAUAACUACCAUUGUUCUAUCACAUAACUACCUUAAUGGAACUAUACCUUUAACCUUUUCUGGACUGCCUAAACUCCAAAAAUUGUCCCUUGCAAACAAUCUACUUACUGGCUCUGUUCCGUCCUCUAUUUGGCAGAAUAUGACUUUUAACACAAAUGACACUCUUCUCUUGGACUUCCAGAACAAUUCUCUCACUGAUAUAUCAGAUGAUUACAGUCCUCCUGCAAAUGUCACAAUCUUGCUAUAUGGAAAUCCUGUCUGUGACAGUGAAAACCAACUCGAUAUAGUCCAUUUUUGUCAGUUGAAGACUAUAAGCGAAGCAUCUAGAAAUUCAACAAAGUCUAAAAUCAUGUGUAGGCGAUGCCCAGUGGAUAAAGAUUAUGAGCACAAUCCAUUAUCUCCUAUGCAAUGUUUGUGCACUGUACCACUUGGAGUUGGAUUUCGGUUGAAAAGCCCAGGAAUAUCAGACUUUCGUUCAUAUAUUAAUGAUUUUGAGAUCAACCUGACUUCACUCCUCCACCUAUUUGUCUAUCAAUUGUAUAUUGACUCCUUUAUAUGGGAAAGUGGACCGAGGCUGAACAUGCAGUUAAAGUUAUUUCCUAGUAAUGUCAGUGUUUUCAAUGUAAGUGAAAUCUUGAGACUCAGAGGCAUGCUAGCUGGAUGGGAGAUUACACUUUCAGAUGUUUUUGGACCAUAUGAGCUCCUUAACUUCACAUUGGGAUCUUAUGCAAGUGAUAUUCCAGAUACUUCAGAGUCAGGUUUAAGCAAAAAUGCUAUGGUAGGCAUCUUGGUGGGUGCUGUUGCUGGUGCCAUUGCUGUAUCUGUAGCUGUUACAGUACUUAUCAUGAGAAGAUAUCGUGGUUAUCGAGCCAUUUCAAGAAAACGAUCAUCAAUGAGAACUUCAAUUAAAAUCAAUGAUGUAAAAUGCUUUACGUUUGAAGACAUGGCUCGAGCCACAAGCAAUUUCAGCAACUCCACACAAGUAGGCCAAGGAGGGUAUGGAAAAGUAUAUAGAGGAACUUUAGUUGAUGGAACACCUGUAGCCAUAAAAAGAGCACAAGAAGGAUCCGUACAAGGUUCAAAGGAGUUCUCAACAGAGAUAGAGUUAUUGUCAAGGUUGCAUCACCGUAAUUUAGUUUCUUUAGUUGGAUACUGCGAUGAACAAGAUGAACAGAUGCUGGUCUAUGAGUUCAUGCCUAAUGGCACUCUGCGUGAUCACCUUUCUGCUAAAUGUACAGAACCUCUGAGUUUUUCUAAGCGGUUGCACAUUGCACUGGGUUCUGCUAGGGGCAUCUUGUAUCUACAUAGUGAAGCAAAUCCUCCAAUUUUUCAUCGUGAUAUUAAAGCAAGCAAUAUAUUAUUAGACUUCAAAUUUGUUGCUAAAGUAGCUGAUUUUGGUCUCUCGCGACUGGCCCCUGGACAUGACGCUGAAGGCAUCACCCCUGGUCAUAUUUCAACUGUAGUAAAGGGCACUCCAGGAUACCUUGAUCCGGAGUAUCUUCUAACUCACAAGUUGACAGAUAGAAGUGAUGUCUAUAGUCUUGGGGUUGUAUUUUUGGAACUCUUGACUGGGAUGCGUCCAAUUUCUCAUGGCAAAAACAUAGUUAGAGAGGUGAAAACUGCCUGUCAAUGUGGAUUGAUGUUCUCAAUCAUUGACAGCCGCAUGAAUGCUUACCCUUCGGAAUGCAUGGAGAAAUUUAUUUCUUUGGCUCUUGGAUGUUGCCACGAUGAGACUGAUGUGAGACCGCCGAUGUCAGAAGUAGUUAGGGAGUUGGAAAACAUACUUCACAUGAUGCCUGAGGAUGCUACAUCAGAAGCUCUGGUAACAGAUUCUAGCAAGAUAGUCUCAGUCUCAUUUGUAUCAUCAGAAAGCUCAGGUGCAGAUCACCUUGUCAGCAGUGGAAUCCCUGCUGUUGCGGCCCGAUGAAACCACCAUGCCUUGUUUCCACUUUCCACCAUGUAUAUGUUUAGUACUUUUCUCUUUUCUUUCCUGAAUCUUCACUUCAAGAUACAGAUUAAGUUUGAAACACGAAAAUUAAAAAAAGAAAUAUUUAUAGGAAUAAUCUAAUAGUUGAUGUUCACUUCUCUCAUGACUAUCUGAAGGGCAUAUUUUCAAUAAGAAUCAUCAAAUUUACUAA